UUGGCGGCGGCGGCGGCGGCGGCGGCGCUGCUUGCUCCGGCGGCGGCCACCGUGUCCUACGACCACAAGGCCAUCACCAUUAAUGGGCAGCGGAGGAUCCUCAUCUCCGGUUCCAUUCACUACCCGCGGAGCGUCCCCGAGAUGUGGCCGGAUCUGAUUCAGAAGGCUAAAGAUGGAGGAUUGGACGUAAUACAAACUUAUGUCUUUUGGAAUGGCCAUGAACCUUCCCCUGGUCAGUAUAAUUUCGAGGGGAGAUAUGAUUUGGUUCAAUUCAUCAAGCUGGUUAAACAAGCAGGGCUCUAUGUUCAUCUCCGCAUUGGUCCCUAUGUUUGCGCCGAAUGGAAUUUUGGAGGUUUCCCUGUUUGGCUCAAAUAUGUCCCUGGUAUCAGCUUUAGAACCGAUAACGAGCCUUUCAAGGCGGCAAUGGAGAAAUUCACGACGAAGAUCGUCGACAUGAUGAAGUCCGAAGCUCUGUUUGAAUCGCAAGGUGGUCCUGUGAUUCUUUCUCAGAUCGAGAACGAGUUUGGGCCUCUGGAAUGGGACCAGGGGGAGCCCGCGAAGGCCUACGCGUCCUGGGCCGCUAAUAUGGCGGUCGGCCUCAACACCGGAGUCCCGUGGGUUAUGUGCAAAGAAGACGACGCACCCGAUCCAGUUAUUAACACAUGCAAUGGAUUCUACUGUGAUUGGUUCUCACCAAACAAGCCAUACAAGCCCACUAUGUGGACCGAAGCUUGGACUGCUUGGUACACAGGAUUCGGUACUCCGGUCCCUCACCGACCUGUCGAGGAUCUGGCAUUUGGCGUUGCCAAGUUUAUUCAAAAAGGCGGAUCUUUCGUUAACUACUAUAUGUACCAUGGAGGAACAAACUUUGGCCGGACGGCUGGCGGCCCCUUCAUCGCGACGAGCUAUGAUUAUGAUGCGCCAAUAGAUGAAUAUGGUCUACUAAGGCAACCAAAGUGGGGCCAUUUGAGGGACUUGCAUAAAGCUAUCAAGCUGUGCGAACCGGCUCUGGUAUCCGGCGACCCUGUGGUCACGUCACUGGGAAGGUCUCAACAGUCCUCUGUUUUUAGGUCGAUCUCAGGGGAUUGCGCUGCUUUCCUUGCAAAUUAUGAUUCGGGGUCUUACGCGAGAGUAACUUUCAAUGGAAUGCACUAUGAUCUUCCGCCUUGGUCCAUAAGUAUUCUUCCUGACUGCAAAACAACAGUAUUCAACACCGCAAGGGUAGGGGCUCAGACUUCGCAGAUGUCAAUGGCGGCUGUCGGAGGAUUUUCAUGGCAGUCAUUUAAUGAAGAGAUUGACUCCUUGGAUGAUGAUUCUUUCACGACAGUUGGAUUAUUGGAGCAGAUAAAUGUCACACGAGAUACUACAGACUAUUUAUGGUAUACGACAUACGUGGACAUAGGCCAGGAUGAGCAGUUUCUUAAGAACGGGCAGUAUCCUGUCCUCACCGUGAUGUCAGCUGGUCAUUCGUUACAUGUUUUCAUUAAUGGACAGUUGGCAGGGACGGUGUAUGGUAGCAUCGACAACCCUAAAUUGACAUAUACUGGAAAUGUGAAGCUUUGGGCAGGCAGCAAUACUAUUUCCAUCUUAAGUGUGUCGGUUGGUCUCCCUAACGUUGGAGAGCAUUUCGAGACAUGGAAUGCUGGAGUACUUGGUCCGGUGACACUGAAGGGUCUAAAUGAGGGAAGAAGGGAUCUCACAUGGCAGAAAUGGACUUACCAGAUUGGUUUAAAAGGCGAAUCUUUGAGUCUUGAUACACUAACCGGAAGCUCCUCAGUUGAGUGGGAAGCAGCUUCUCAAAAUCAUCCUCUAACAUGGUACAAGGCUUUCUUCAAUGCACCGGGUGGGGAUGAACCAUUGGCCUUAGAUAUGAGUAGCAUGGGAAAAGGACAAGUGUGGAUUAAUGGACAGAGUAUUGGUCGGUAUUGGCCCGGUUACAAAGCAUACGGCACAUGCGGGAGUUGCGAUUACCGUGGAACAUAUGAUGAGACUAAAUGCCAAACUAACUGUGGAGAUUCCUCUCAAAGAUGGUAG